AUGGCGACCCCCGCGGCAACCAAACGUCUCACAAAAGAAUACGCCGCCAUCUCCAAAUCGCCUCCGCCCUACAUUAUCGCCCACCCCAGCGAAACCAACAUCUUGGAAUGGCACUACAUCCUCACCGGACCGCCCGAGACGCCAUAUGAGGGCGGCCAGUACUGGGGCACCCUCAUGUUCCCGCCAGACUACCCCUUCGCACCGCCCGCCAUCCGCAUGCACACACCCAGUGGCCGCUUCCAGCCCAGCACGCGGCUAUGUCUGUCCAUAAGCGACUUCCAUCCCAAGAGCUUCAACCCAGCAUGGGAAGUCAGCACAAUCCUCACAGGCCUGCUGUCCUUCAUGACCGGCGAGGAGAUGACGACCGGCAGCGUACGAGCAUCCGAGCAGGAGCGGAAACUCUUUGCUAGGCGCACACGGUGGUGGAACAGCACGGGCGGCGGCAGCAAGCCCAUUCCCGGCGCAUCGGCGGCUACCCCAGGCUCGAAUUCAAGAGGUGUCGGCGCCAUCAAGGCCGGCGACGGCGGCGCAAAGUUCCGCCUCGAGUGGCCCGAAAUCGACGAGGAGAACCUCAAGUGGAUGAAGGAGAAGCGCAUCGACCUCGCGACCGGACUGACCAAGCCCGCGCAAUCUACACAGCCAAACUGCUCGCCCGACGUUGCGGGGCUCCGGAGAAGGCCCAUCGCAAGCGCGACGGUAGUGCAGGACGCGCAAAUAGCGAGAGAUGCGGGACAGGGCUGGCUGAGCCGGAAUAAGUGGAAAGUCGUCAUCGGGUCGAUGCUCCUCUACAUCUUCGUAGCGCGGGUACUCGGCGAAGGAAAUGCGCCCGUUACGGCUGUCUAGAGUCCCCACUGAAUUGUGGACGGGGGGAGUUUUUCAUCGCGGCGUUCCGGUCGGGCUUUUGAAUACAGAAGAUGAUCAAAGAUACCAAAUGUAGGGAGGCAUUGCACAGGCGCUUGAUAUCAAUCGGUGUUUUUACGCUAGGGAUUAUAAAUGAUGUGUAGAGAGUGAGAUGCAAAUACACCCUCCAAUGUUGCA